ACCUGCGAUAUGUCCGGUAGCACUGAGCAAAUGGCACCGAAUGUGAUCUGUGCGCGCGCGCCUGUGCCUUGACUGUGCCUUUUGCGCUCAUCCAAGACAGAAGAGACGCUUGGAGAAUCCCCUUUAUCCAUUGUUAGUCUUUACAAAUGAGUGACCGUAUGGCGCACGCCGGACCGGGGCUAUGUGCUCCCCCGCCGGAAAUCGGUCCACACGGGAACGGCACGCACAAUAACCGGACCUUGUGCCUGAACGCCUCGCCUGCGCAUGCAACUGGACACGGAAGCCUGGCGACGAACAACAUCAGUGAUCCGUUUGGUCGUAAUGAGGAAGUGGCCAAGCUGGAGAUCACAGUGUUAAGCUUGACCUUCCUGGCCGCGGUGGCAGGUAACGUGAGCGUGCUGCUGGCCGUGCGCAACGCAGCCAAGAAGAGCUCGCGUGUCCACCUGUUUAUCAAGCAUCUGAGCCUCGCCGACCUGGUGGUGGCCUUCUUCCAGGUUCUUCCGCAGCUCUGCUGGGAGAUCACAUUUCGCUUCUACGGUCCUGACUUCCUGUGCCGCGUGGUGAAGCAUCUGCAGGUGCUCGGCAUGUUCGCCUCUACCUACAUGCUGGUGAUGCUCACGGUGGACCGCUACAUCGCCAUCUGCCACCCAUUACGGAGCUUGCAGGGGGCCACGCGUCGCGCGCGUCUCAUGAUUGCGUGCAGCUGGCUGUGCAGUGUGGUCCUGAGCACCCCGCAGUAUUUUAUCUUCUCUCUCAGCGAGAUUGAAAAAGGCUCGGAGGUCUACGACUGCUGGGGUCACUUCAUCGAGCCGUGGGGCGUGCGCGCUUACAUCACCUGGAUCACCGUAGGCAUCUUUCUCAUCCCGGUCGCCGUGCUGGUCAUGUGCUACGGAUUUAUUUGCCGCAGCAUCUGGAAGAACGUCAAGUGCAAGACGAAGAGCGGCGCGGCGCACGGCACAAGCGCGCUGAUCGGCAAGGCGUCGGUGAGCAGCGUAAGCACCAUCUCCAGGGCCAAACUCCGCACCGUCAAAAUGACGUUCGUCAUCGUUCUCGCCUACGUCGUGUGCUGGGCUCCGUUCUUCAUUGUGCAGAUGUGGUCCGUGUGGGAUGCGAACUUCUCCUGGGACGAUUCAGAGAAUGCGGCAGUGACUCUGUCGGCACUGCUCGCAAGCCUGAACAGCUGCUGCAACCCAUGGAUCUACAUGCUGUUUGGUGGUCACCUUCUUUAUGACUUUCUGCGCUCCUUUCCAUGUUGUCGGAAGCUUAGGUACAGCAUCCGUAAUGACUCAGACAGCAGCCUGAGGAGGAAUACACUGCUGAGCAAACUACCUGCUGCCUGCAUGCCCACAAAUGCCUCAGACUCAUGGAGAGACUCGCAAAAGACCAGCCAGUCUGUAAUACAAGACUGUCCCAAAUUCAACCAGGAUGGCCCUGCAGACUCAGACAAGAGUGGCCAGAUCACAGACAAUGUAAACAAACAUAGUGAUGCCAACCUAGUUAAAGUCCUAGAUACAGAAAGUUGAAGACUUUUUAGUGCCACUUUUGUGCACUUAUUUAAAUGUUUACAUUUGCUUGAUGCUCAUUUGUGCAAUUGUCUAAUGAUCCAGUCAUGUGGCAGCAGUGCAAUGAACAAAAUGCAGAUAAAAUAAGUCUUUAUUUUUGUCACAUAUACAUUACAGAACAGUGAAACUUGGGAUACAGUGCUGAUACAGUGCCCCUUGUCCGGGGAUGGUUAAGGGUCUUGCUAAACGGCCCAACAGUGGCAGCUUACAGUACAAGUCAAGAUCUUUAGUUACCAUUUACAUCAGAAUAAGGAAAAACUGUGAUUUCAAUGAUUGUGACCGUGUCUAUUUUGUCCAGGUUUGGUGUGUCUGUGCCCACUGUAUCCUCAGAUUCCUUGGCAUCUUGGCUUUUAAGAGUGUAACCUGAUGUGUUCUUCUGCUUUUGUACAUCACCCAUCUCAAUGGAAAAGCAUCUCAAAUAUGCUCAACAUGCAUUGUCUCACCACGGUUCUAAAAAGCAGUGAUUUGCAUUACCUUAGCUUUUCUGCCAGCUCAAACUAUCUAGCCAACCUUCCCUGGCCUCUCUCAAAUAACAAGUCAUUUCCGGAUAUUGUUUGGUUUUCAGAUUGUAAACUCUAAAGUCUGUUGUACAUGAAAAUCCCCAAGAGACCAACAGGUUCUGAAAUACUCAAUUCCUGCUGGCACCAACAACCAUCCCACUGUAAAAGUCAAUGAGUCAAUAUUUUUUCUCUAUUGUGAGUUUUUGCCCAUGUGAACAGUAACUGAAGCUCUUGACUUGUAGCUGUAUGGGGAACGAGCUUGUCUAGUGGGUAAGGUGUUGGCCUACCAAUUGGAAGGUUGUGAGUUUGAAUCCCAGGUCCACUAAGCUGCCACUGCUGGGCCUAUGGGCAAGACCCUUAACCCUCAAAUUGCUCUGUCAAAUUGCUGUAAAUGUAUUGGUAGGUUGUGAAUUACACUACUGAAGGUUGUGAGUUCAAAUCCCAUGUCCACAAAGCUAUCAAUGCUGGGCCCCUGAGCAAGGCUGUUAAAGCCUCAAUUGCUCAGUUGUAUAAAAUUAGAUAAAAUAUAAGCCACUCUGGAUCAGGGUGUCUGCCAAAUGACGUAAAUUGACGUAUUCUAUGCAAUACACCACUACCAUAUGACUGGCUAAAUGGAUAAUUGCAUGAAUGAGCAAGGGUACAGCUUUUUUCAUAAAAAAAAAAAGUUCAGUGAGUGUCUACAUAAUUCAGUUCAGUUAUGCCUACAUAAACUGCUUUAAAAAAAUGACAUGAUGAAUGUAUGUUCCAGUCUAUCCAUGUGUCUGUCUGUUUUUAAUUUGAGAUUUUUUUUUAUUUGAACAUUGACAUAACACUAGCUGAAACCUGCAAAAUGAUUCACAAAGUCUUUUGAACUUUUGGAAAUUCUCAUAAUAAACAUGUACAAAGCAUCUGGAUUUAGUGUAACUGCUGCUUAUGACCUGCCAGUGCAUUUCGCCAAAUAUGACCAAAAGAGAAAUAAGAGCUUUCAUUAUUAACUUUUAUUUAACUGUUGUUGUUCACUUGCCCAUAUAUUUUGUAUAAAUGUCCUGUAUAUAAACAUUUGCACGGGUUGUUUUUAAGGUUGUCUAUAAUUUAGGGAACUGUGACAAAAUGUAUUGUGACUCAUUUAAAUCCUAUAAAAACUUCUGAAUAUGGUAA